AUGGCCGCGGCGCCCGGAGGGUCUGCGCCGCCCGCCGGCCCCAGCCCGCGCCUGGGUUUCAGCACCGCGGACAGCGGCAUCGGCAUGAGCGGGCUAAACCCGGGUCCCGCCGUACCCAUGAAGGACCACGACGCCAUCAAGCUCUUCGUGGGGCAGAUCCCGCGGGGCUUGGACGAGCAGGACCUCAAGCCGCUGUUCGAGGAGUUCGGCCGCAUCUACGAGCUGACGGUGCUGAAGGACCGGCUCACCGGCCUCCACAAAGACUGCAACCUGAGUCCUGCCGGUGUCUCAGCCCCCACCCACAGCCUGGUACACUGCGGGUGCUCAACCACCAGCGGCUCUUGGCAGUUUACAAAGACCUUUUGCAUCCCCAUUACCUCAUGUGAUCCCCACUACACCCAUGAGAGGAAGAUGAAUCGUCCGAUCCAAGUGAAGCCAGCUGCCAGUGAGGGCCGAGGAGAGGACCGAAAGCUGUUUGUGGGAAUGCUGGGCAAGCAGCAGGGUGAGGAGGACGUCAGACGCCUGUUCCAGCCCUUUGGCCAUAUCGAAGAGUGCACCGUCCUUCGGAGCCCAGAUGGCACCAGUAAAGGCUGUGCCUUUGUGAAGUUCGGGAGUCAAGGGGAAGCUCAGGCGGCCAUCCAGGGUCUGCACGGCAGCCGGACCAUGGCGGGCGCUUCGUCCAGCCUCGUGGUCAAGCUGGCGGACACGGACCGGGAGCGCGCGCUGCGGCGGAUGCAGCAGAUGGCGGGCCAGCUGGGCGCCUUCCACCCCGCGCCACUGCCACUCGGGGCCUGCGGCGCCUACACCACGGCGAUUUUGCAGCACCAGGCGGCCCUGCUGGCGGCGGCACAGGGCCCGGGCUUAGGCCCGGUGGCCGCAGUGGCGGCUCAGAUGCAGCACGUAGCGGCCUUCAGCCUGGUGGCCGCACCGCUGUUGCCCGCGGCAGCCAACUCCCCGCCCGGUGGCGGCCCUGGCACGCUCCCAGGUCUUCCGGCGCCCAUCGGGGUCAAUGGAUUCAGUCCCCUCACCCCUCAGACCAACGGGCAGCCAGGCUCCGACACGCUCUACAAUAACGGGCUCUCCCCUUACCCAGCCCAGAGCCCCGGCGUGGCUGACCCCCUGCAGCAGGCCUACGCUGGGAUGCACCACUACGCAGCAGCCUAUCCGUCGGCCUAUGCCCCAGUGAGCACAGCUUUUCCCCAGCAGCCUUCAGCCCUGCCCCAGCAGCAAAGAGAAGGCCCAGAAGGCUGUAACCUCUUCAUCUAUCACCUGCCUCAGGAGUUUGGUGAUGCGGAACUCAUACAGACAUUCCUGCCCUUCGGAGCCGUUGUCUCUGCCAAAGUCUUUGUGGAUCGAGCCACCAACCAGAGCAAGUGUUUUGGGUUUGUUAGUUUUGACAAUCCAACCAGUGCCCAGACUGCUAUUCAGGCCAUGAAUGGCUUUCAAAUUGGCAUGAAGAGGCUCAAGGUCCAGCUAAAGAGGCCUAAGGAUGCCAAUCGGCCUUACUGAUCUGCUCUCACUGACCAGCCACAGAAAGAAACUGAAGAGUGAGAAGAAAGGAAAGGAAAAGCACAGAAACGCUUGAGCAGCCCUUCCGGAAGGAGCAGCUGCAGAUGGAAGUGGAUCGGACCCAAGGCUGGUGCCUGGGGCUCAGGCCACUCUGAGGAUUGUUUUUAUCAAGCGGGUUGUUCUGUGCCUGCAGCAUUAGAGCUCAGGCUAGCAGGGCAACUAGGACUGGCUGAAGAUUGACUAUCUAGGGGAAGCAGCAGAGGGCCCUGGGGGUGCCAAGGGCUUCUCACAAGGGAAGCCCAGAUUUACUUCUUUCAAAACCAUAUCAUUCCUUAGAGUUUAGGGACCAAAGGACUAUUGCUUUUUUAAGAAUAUAUAUAUAUAUAUAUAUA